AUGGCAAAGUCACUCGUUUUGUCCUUUUUGUCCCUGCUGCUGCUCGCCAGCCAUGGCCUCGCCCUCCGCCACAAGGGAGACGCGGCCGGUGCCAGGCCCCGGAACGCAACGCUGCCGCUCGGCGGUGGCCGGAAGGGGACCAACAUGUUUGGGAGCAUACGCGACCCGAGCUCGCCGGCCGGACGCUUUGCACCACGUCAACUGACCUGUCCCCCUGGUGAAGAGCUCUGCGGAGAAUUCUGCUGUCUGAUUGACACGGUUUGCUGCGAGGCCGAGUUCGGCUGCUGCGAGCUGGACAAGCCCGUCUGCCAGCCCGACCUGUGCUGCCCCGUCGACACCACGGCCUGCGGCCCCGACAACCCGCUCUACUGCCACUACCCGGGCUCCAUCUGCUGCCCGGAGCCGUCGACCACGGCGUGCCCCGACGGCACGACGUGCUGCGGCGAGGAAGCCUGCUGCGAGGACGGCUACCUGUGCCUGGACGAGAGCGUCUGCUGCCUGCCCGGCUGGAAGUCGUGCGACGACUGGUGCUGCCCCAUUGGCUCCGACUGCAGCGACGCGCCGGGCUUCUGCGAGCUGGACACGGGAAGCACGUCGUCCGGGGAGCCGCCCGGCCAGACCCAGCAGUCGUCGAUUCGCUUUUCGACCUCGCAGGCGCCGCCGUCGUCCAACCCGCCGCCGGAGUCGAGUCCCCCGCCUGAGUCGUCUCCCCCGCCGCAGUCAUCGCCUCCUCCUGAGUCAAGUCCUCCGCCUGAAUCGUCCCCUCCUCCCGAGUCUUCGCCCCCUCCAGAGUCUUCGCCUCCCCCGGCGUCGUCGCCGCCGCCCGAGUCCUCUCCUCCCCCCGAGUCGUCGCCGCCGCCAGAGUCCUCUCCCCCUCCCGCGUCUUCGUCUCCCCCCGGGUCGUCGUCACCGGCUGGAUCUUCGUCUCCCCCCGGGUCAUCGUCUUCCCCCUCGUCCUCGCCCCCGUCCUCGCCCCCGUCCUCGCCCCCCGCGUCCUCGCCGUCCGCGUCGUCGCCGCCCGUAUCGAGCCCCCCCGCGUCAAGCUCGACCGUGUCCAGCGGGUCGUCGAGCACGCUGUCCUGCCCCUCGGGCACGCCGACUCUCGUGAUGCCCUUUAUUCAGGACAAGACGGAUGAGCUCAUCAACAACAUUUGCGUCGGCCUCCGGAAACAGGGACUCACCGACCACCAGCUGCUCAACUACGCCGGACCCGGCCAAGGCGCCAAGAACCGGAAGCUGACCGACUGCGGCGAUGGAAAGUGCUGCAAGGGCCAGAAGAAAGCCUCCGGCGUCAACCAGGGCGCCAAGCUGACGUGCGAUGAGUACCCCUUUGCCUCGACGACGCAGAGCAGCGCCAAGUCGCACGUCGGCUGCAUCCUCGGCUUCCAGAACACGGCCGGCGGCUUUGUCUAUCUCAAGAACUUUUUGCGCGACGAGCUCCACUACACAAAGGGCUGCCCGUACAUUAUGCAAAUCGACCCGGACUACAGCUGCGCCCAGGUGCAGGCGAGCUCCAUCCCGGGCUGCAACAAGCGGACCCGGCGGCAGCUCGAGCUGUCGGCGACGGCGUCGGCCGACGGCGUCUUUUACGAUUCCUACAAUGGCUCGCCGGGUACUCUCAUCAUUCCGCUCGGCGACAUUGACGAGGGAAGUUACUCGGUCGAAGUCACCUUCCCUCCCAACGCCGUCGUCUCGCGCGUCCUCAUUGGCGACAAUCUCGGAAACGAGUACAGCGUGCAAACAUCCCCGACGUCUGGCUCCACGUACCGGUUCACGGCCGUGCUCGACGAUUACGGCUACUCGGCCGCCCUCAUUGCCGAGACCACCGCCGGCGACCUGUCCGUCGAGUCGUGGUCCGUCGAGGCCGUUGGCGACACGCCGCCGUUCUCGUCGGGCAGCCCCGGCACGGCCACGCCGCCGCCGACCUCGUCGGCGUCGCACAGCGGCAGUGGCAGCAGCAGCAGCAGCACGGUCACGAUUGUGACGGUCAUCAGCGGCGUGACGACGACCAUCACGACGUGCCCUGUCAGCGAGACGAACGCGCCGCCGCCGCCGCCGACGUCCGGUGUGAGCACCAUUACCACUGUGAUUAGCGGCGUCACCAUCACCACGACGUGGUGCCCCGAAACGGACACCACGGUGAGUGCAUUUGCGCCGCCGCCGCCGGCGAGCAGCGUCAGCACCAUCACCACCGUCAUCAGCGGCGUGACCGUCACGACGACCACCGUCUGCCCCGAAACGACAACGACCCCGUCGGCACCACCGCCGCCUGGGGAGUCGCAGCCGCAGCAGUCGCAGCCGCAGCAGUCACAGCCCCACGAGUCGCAGCCCCACGAGUCGGCGCCGCCUGCCAACACAAGCCCGACGCUUCUGCCGACGACCGAACACACGACCCCUGUGACGGUGCCCACCGAGUCGUCGCCGUCCGCCGUCGUGACGGCCGCAGCGACCAAGGCGGACGCUGUGUCGGCCAAGGUCCUCUGGGUCCUGCUGGGCGCCGCGCUGCUGUUCCUCCACCGGUAA